UACUGUAUUUCGCGGACUGGACUGGACUGGACUAGUAAAACGCGGACUAGUAAAACGCGGACUGGUAAAACGCGGACUAGUAAAACGCGGUCUGGUAAAACGCGGACUAGUGAAACGCGGACUAGUAAAACACGGACUGGUAAAACGCGGACUGGUAAAACGCAAAAAAAAAAUGUUGGCUUUAUUAACACAUUCAUCUACUAUUCAAAGAACUUCUCAAGUGAAAAUAAGAGGUAUCAUAACUCUUAAAAUUAAUGUAUAAAAUACAAAUAAAUCUACAAAUAAGGUGCAUAAUCUAAUUUAGCGUCAUUGUUAUAAGUAUCAUAUAACAUUGUUGAGUAAUAGUUGUAUCUAGAAAUGAACGUGAUUGUAUUGUAGGUGUUUAAGGACGGUGCCCACUAUUGUUACUGCGCACAUUUUCUGCGCAUGCCAAGGUAGUCGCGCGCGACGCGAAAGAAAUGCGCAACACGCAGGACACGUGGACUGGUUUUGUCUCCUGUAAGUCUGGGAAGUUCGAGUUAUUUCUUGAGGAAAAGAUGCGUCGUUUUUUAACAGAUGAAAAAUAAUUUCUAUUUACCUUGUCAGUUGUUUGAAAACCGAAGAAGUAUGCGCAUGUUGCUAUUUCUACGUAUGAUCGAUCUGACCGAACAUUUUAUAGUCAAACAAAAGUCAGUUCUAAAAUAUCAAAAGUUAUUGCUUCAACAGUUACGCUUAGAGCUUGGGUAUUAAAAAAUCCCUUAAUAGGCAAGGAUCAGUAAAUUAGAAGGAAAAUAGCUCUAAGUCCUCCGCUUAAUCGAGAAACUGCAAGCUUACCUUUCACUCGCGUCCUUCGCCUUUUAUUGGCUAAUCGGCUAUAAACAGUUUCCCAAAUAUUUCUUUUAUUUUUUUAACAUUUUAUGUAAUUAUUCACCAGAAGAUAGAUUUAAAGAGUUCGAGUACAUACAGAUUCCCCUUUUAUUGAGAGUCCGAGGCUUUUAUUUGUUGAACAAACAAGAAAAAAAACUAUCACAAGAUUGUUUGGAUUGCUGAGAUCACAGCUUCACAAUUAGUUGCGGACCGCAAAGGAAACGCUUUCAUCGUGGAAAAAGUGAUAAAAGAAUUGUUAUGUUUAAUUUUUACUUUAAUCAUAACUAUAACAAAAUUUUCAAAUCUGAUUGGUUAUCAACUGCCCUGAUUCCAGCCUUAAUUGGACAGUCAGUACGCGUCAUGCCUAAGUAAUUGGACAGUACGCGGCAUCAAGCGCGCGCUUAAAUGACUUCUUUUUUUUUUUCACUGCUAGCAAAACAAAAUUUCGAAUUUCUUUUGUUUUGAUUUAAAAAAUAGCCUAUUAUAUCACAAAUUUUGUUAAAGUUAUGAUUAAUUGGUAACAGAACUUCGUGUCGUCCAAUUCGGUCUGUAAUCAUACUCGUGAUUAAACAAAUCGGACUCCCGCUACGCGCUCGUCCGAUUUUGUGAUCACUCGUAUGAUUACAGACCGAAUUGGACUCCACUCAGUCCUGUUACCAUUGCUUAUCAUUGUUAUUUAAGACGUAUAAAAAGCAGUUGUUAUGUUAUAAUUUGUUACUUAUGUUGAAACCUUGUUACAAUUAUCAUUGCAUUUGUGCCAGUUCAAGUGUACACGCUGAAAUUUGGGGAAAAAAUAACUUUUUAUCAUUUUUCUAAAAAAUGCCUAUUCAGCGUUUUUCUCCAUAUUGAGGCGCAGUUAUCUCUGAAAAAUGCGUGGUUACCCCCAGUUUUCUUUUUGGAUUUCAAUAGCCCCUGAUAUGAUCUACUUGUCUCACAUAGUCAUUAUCUGGGAAAAAAUACUUCCCAUUAGUGGGCACCGUCCUUAAUAGCAAUUAAAACUGCAUAACUUUGGAGACUCGAGCCGACAAUUUUCGUUUUGUAACGAAACUGAGUUAACACUUUUUAACUAAACUAACAAUCCCAGAUGCUACAUACAUCUCUGAACUGUUCAACGACGUCAAUAACAAUAAAAAAAGGUUAUCUUGAAAAAAAGGUAUCAUAACUCCUAACAGUAAAGUAUGCAAUACAAUUAAAUAAAUCUACAAAUAAGAUUCAUAAUCGAAUUUAGCGUCAUUGUAAUCUGUAUCAUAUAAUAUUGUAAAGUAACAAUCCCAGAUUCUACAGUUCGACGUCGUCAAUAACAAUAAAAAAGUCUUAGUUUUCAAUGUCUGAUGCUUUCAAAUAGUCGGGACAUGAUAUGGUAACAUGAUCGUAACAGACCACAGUCUAACUAGGACCUUACAGCAAGCCUUUGUACCAUCAUCUGUUUGUGUUCUUGGAGACGAAACGGUUGGAGAUCGGCUGGUAUUUGGCAUAAAUUUAGCUCGAAGGAAGGAAAGGUCACCCUGAUGCAUAAUGGGUUGACAUGGUAGUACACAUUUGAAAUAUCUGGUGACGUUUGUUGCUGACCUGCCUUGUAAUAUUGUCGGUGAAGUCUUGUAGUUAGCACAAGGUCAUCAGGCGGAUCGGGUAUGGUACCGUCUGGCUUCAAGGAGUAGCCACAGCCAUAACAUCGUGUAACCUUGCUGUCCAGAAACGCAAGUUUGGCAAAAACUAAGAUUCCUGGUGUAGGCUUUGGACGCUGAGGGUACGUGGGUGGUGUGUUUUCUUUGACUUGCUGGCGUUCAUGUUGUUGACAAGGAUAAUUAUAGAUGAGAUGCGAUGAUUCUGGGACGUUGAAACCAUGACUAGGCAAAAUAAGUGACCGUCACGUACGUUUAGCUUAAUACAAUUUUACUCCGGGGCAUCUAGUUUUGAAGCUAGAAAAAAUAAGGUUUUGUACUUUUUGCUGCGAAUUGUUCCUUUAUCAGAAUGUUUAUAAACGUAUUGAAGGGAACAAGGUACUCAUUGGACACGUUGCGUGACAGAAAGCAGGCGAUCCGAAAAUAAAACUAUUAUUAUUAUUAUUAUUAUUAUUAGUCAACUGGCUGCUUAAAGAUUUGAUGAAACACAAUUACAAUUAUGAACUGGUGAUAAAUAAAUUUCUUCGCGGCCAAAACAUUUUAAAUUGUCUGUAACUGGCGCAUAUAAACCCCUUUUGUAGCUAAAAGGUCAAACAGGGGUCAUUACGAUCGCUAAACCGUCGGAAUAAAACAGACUAAAAAUAAAUGAACAGAAUUUCUAAACGUAAAUUAGUUUUUGUAAAAGUCUGUUCACCGUUCAGUUUUAUCCGAUUUACAAAUGCGGAAAAAAUCUAUUAAAAAAAAAAAGACGUCCGCAGGAGCCUAUCCUGAGUCCGCGUUUUACCAGCCUGCCUUUUACUAGUCCGCGUUUUACCAGUCCGCGUUUUACUAGUCUGCAUUUUACCAGUCCGCGUUUUACUAGUCCGCGUUUUACCAGUCCAAGUUUUACUAGUCCAAGUUUUACUAGUCCAGUCCAGUCCAGUCCAGUCCAGUCCGCGAAAUACAGUAUGCCCUUUAAUUACGUUUGA